AUGAGAGACUUUGGGAGGAGAACGGUCAAAGUUCCAGAUUCAGAGUCAAUGAACAGCCAAAGUCUUAAGAUGAAGGACCCAUGCAGCACCUGCUCUUACAACCAACUCUAUCAAAAUCUGAAGCAAUUUUCCAAAAACGGAGACUACUUCUUCAAAGAACUCAUUACAGUUUUUCAGCAAAGAGCUGAGCUGGAACUCUCGUACUCCAAAGGCCUGCAAAAACUGGCGGGCAGAAUGAUCAGAGCCUGUCAGGGAAUGUCGAGAAACUCCACCUACAGGGCCUGGUGUCAUGUGUCGGACGAGAUGUACUCGAGAGCGGACGCCCACAGAUCGUUAGGAAAUGCGUUUAACCAGGAGGCCGUUCUAGAAAUACGACAAGUCUUAGAUGAGCACAACAGGAGGAAGAGGCCACUUGACAGUGCCAUUGAAAGAAAUGGAAAACGCUUCAGUGCUAACUGGAAUGAGCAACUUAAGCUAAAAAAGAAGCUGUCCGGGCUAACAAGAGAACACGAGGCCCUGCUCAACUAUGUUGAAAACAACAAGCACAUCAGCACUGAAAAGGAAAAGCAAAAGAUGUUUAACAGAUUGACCAAGUCAGCAGAGCAGCAGGCACGGGUGGACGAGGAGUACUUCAGCAUCAACAUGGAGGGUCAUCAGAUGAGACUCAAGUGCGAAAACACAUUGAAAAACUGCUAUCAGAUCGUGCAGGAGCUGGAGAAACAGCGACUUGAAGUUCUGUGUAAUAUUUUGAGCAGAUAUAACCUCCACAUGUCCAGCUCUGGACAAGCUCUUAACCACGGUCAAAAACAGAUCGAGCAGGCAGUCCAAAGGGUGGAUAUGGAAAAAGACAUACAAACCCUGGUAGAUGAAAACAGUGCUGCAGCUGAAGAUAACACAGUGGAGUUUUUGAUGACUGAUUAUUUUGAAGAAGACAGCAAAUCACUGAUGAGCAGAGACAGAAGAAGAGACGCGAUCAUGCUUAAACUCAAGCGUCUUCAGGACAGCAUUGCAAAAACUAAAAAAGAUCGUGAAGGAAUAGAAAAACUGAUGAAAACCUACACUGAAAAUCCAUCUUUUUCAAACCAGAAGAACCUGGAGGACACUGAAGAGCUACAUGACGAGUGCACUCUAAAGCUGGAUCUUCUUGAGGCCACUCGGUUCAAACUCUCCUUGUCGCUGUCUGAAUGUGAAGGGAAACUCAAACCAUUUCAACAAUUCAGUGGAAGUAUUUUUAAAUUGAAAGAUAAGGACUGUGAGCACAGCGUUGUUCAAGUGACUCGUCCAGUAAAACUGCGGAGGACACCAUUCAGAUCCCGACAGUCACUGAGAGCGUCCAUCAUCUAUAAAGGCCCGGUUCAAGUUCUGACACAACCAUCCGUGGAGCCCAAACCAACAGAUACUGACCCCACCACUUCAACAACUGCAUCUGAUGAAAAGCUGGAGAGCAGCAGCGACGAAGCUCUGUCUGACACAGACAAGGGACCAGACAAAACAGCGGAACUGGACAGUGUAGGGAAAUGCAAGGCCCUGUACAAUUUCACACCUGAACACGAAGAUGAACUGGCUUUGAAAGAAGGUGAUCUUCUGGACAUUUGUACCAAAGGAGAGAAUGGUUGGUGGUUAGGAAAGCUUAAUGGUCAGAAGGGUCAUUUCCCGUCAACCUAUGUUGAAGAGCUACCAGUGCCGGGUCAGAUGAGGUCAGCGGAUGUCUGAAUAACCAGACUGAUGAAGAGC